AUGGCCGGAGAGGGAUUGAAGCCGGGUUUUCCCGGUGGAGCAGUGGCGGGACCGCAAUAUGCAGCAGCAAAAACGUCGGUGUGGUGGGAUAUAGAAAAUUGUCAGGUACCCAGGUGAUGAGACGCCCAUGGAAUAGCUCAGAAUAUAAACACGACAUUAAUGAAUAUGAACUAUCAUGGACCAGUCACCAUUUCUGCCUAUGGAGACAACAAUGUCAUUCCCUCCUUCAUACAACGAGCCCUCUCUAAUACUGGAAUCGGUCUCAAUCACGUCCCGGCCUGGGUUAAGGAUGCUAGUGAUAAGAAGAUUUUAGUGGAUAUGCUAUUUUGGGUAGUGGACAAUCCUGCACCUGCCAAUUAUUUGCUCAUUUCAGGAAGCACUGACUUCUCGUAUGUCAUUCAUCAGUUACAGAUGAGGAGAUAUAACAUUCUUCUAGCACAACCUUUUAAUAAUACUUCUCCUGCUCUUGCUGCUGCUGCAACGAAUGUGUGGCAAUGGACAACCCUUGCUGCUGGAACAUCUCCACCAGAAUUUGCUUUUAGUACCAAUACAUUACGUCAAAAUUAUAUAUCUACUCCAAUUUCUAAACCUAUAUCAGCGAACCAACCUGCUUUUUCCAAUGCCCAUGCCAAAACCAAUACCAAUGCUAAUGCUUCCGGGGCCCAAAGUUUAUCCAAUCCUGGAUGCUAUUCUGAUACAAAAACUAAGGCUAUUUACAUACCUAAGAACUCGAAUCAACUGACUAUGACUAGCAUGUCAGGUACGCCAACUAAAGUUGAAGAAACUAGUAGCAGCUAUUGCCCACACGCACCAGCUGUUGCACCAGUCCAGUUUUUACCACAUCUCUUUUUCACAAAGUCUGAUGGUUCAGAGAACCAUAGCAGUUAA